ACCAUCUGAUCGUAUGAAAUUGACUAAAAUAUUAAGAGUUGUAAACCUUUGUAAUUUUAUUGGUGAUUCUCAUUUUAAGUCAAUUAAUUAAUUUUCCAGUGCUGAUCUAAAUGUGGCCAAUCAUCAACUAGAAAUUUAAAACAAUCAAGCUUUUAGAUUUGGAGAUUCAAUCAAUCAAACUGUAGUCAGAGAUUUUUUGUAUUCAAUAUUUAUUUCUUUUUGUUUACUAUUUAAUCUUUCCAAUUACAGUUAACUCUUUCACAUAAUCUCCACAGCUUCAGCUUUUAAUUUAUUUAUGUGCAAACUUAUGCAACCAAUUUGUUGAUUUGAUCAUUACAAGUCAAUUUUUUUGUGUGUUAUAUUAUUUAAGAUUCAGCAUUUCUCGUUAAUAUUUGAUUCGUGACAAUGAUUUUUAGCUGACCUAAUGUCAAAACCUUCAGAAUUUUAUGCUUUUUACUUGUUGCUAUUAUCUCAUGUAAAUUUUAACUCAGCAAAUAUUGUAUUCGCUUUGUUCACUUCCUCAUUUCCAGUCAACGCUUUAUCAUGUUAUGGUAAACCUCAAAUCUUGACAAAUCCUGAGUCAACUGCAAUGUGUUAAACUUUUUAAUCGUUCUUGCAAUCAAGUGAUUUUUGCGUCCUUUGCAUUUUAGAAGAUGCAACCAACAUAUCCAUCAUCGAACAAUCCAAAUAGGUUUCAUCAAGGAGUUUGUGAUAACAUGAGUCGACCUCCUAGAAUGAUGGACCCUAGAUUAGCUUCUUAUAAUGUGAAUAGGUUUGAUCCCCGAUAUGGUAAUUUUCAAACGGAACCACAACAGUUUCCACCAAAUGUACCGCAAACAGCCAUGGUAACACCAAUUUUGAGACCACCGGCAACGAAUCGCGUGAAUCAUUCGGUCUACUCUAGCGUAGAUGUUAGGUCACAGUCUCAAAACCUUCCUUACUUAACUCAAAACAGUGUUAAUGUAACUGACAGUCAGUGGAAUAAUGAUGUACACCAGUUCAAUGUAAAUUUAACUCAAUCUUGGCCCUCUAAAAUUCAAAUUAGACUCGAUAAGUUUGCCAAUAGAUUUAAAGACAUGAUAGAGAGCCAUAAAAAAUUCGUAAGAAGGCAACGCAGACCUCAAAUCAAUGAAAAUAAUGAAGAAGAAGUUUGUGCUUGCUUACCACCCAUCGAAACAUUCACUGGAGUAUCUAAACUUGCUCGCAAAAACCAUUUCUAUCAGUAUCUAGAGAAAGGUGAUUUACUUUGUGUUCAAAUAUUGGACCACUUGGACGGAGGCUUCAUCUGUGUUGUGGUUUGCAUGGAUGGAGGGAAAAGACGAAAUGUCCACGACUGUGAUAUAAGAGUAUUUUGCCCAUCAGCGAACUGUCAACCAUUAGCUGUCACAGAUUCAGAAUUCCAAGAUGGCUACCAAAUUAAUGACAUUGUUAGAGUUCUGGUAGUUAAUUAUAACAAGUUUGAUUUGAAAGUCAUCGUCUCUAUGAAAGAAGAACAUUUACCGAAAGAACUCAAAGGAAAUUUCAAAAUGGGCUUAAUCAAUGAUGAUGAAUUACCAAUUCAUUAUAGGCGACAAGUUUCAAUGAAAUCAAUGAAUUAUGAUGAAAUGCUUCGAAAAACUAUAUCAUUUAACAACCCUGGUGCUACAUCACAUCUCGCUGGAUUUUUUGAGCUUCCAACUACUCAAAGAUUAUCAUUUUUGAGGGACUUCCACGGUGUCACUUAUCCUGCCGACGAAUAUGCCAAACAUUUACGGAAGUUUCAAUCAACUGAAAUGGCUCGUCAGAGUGUGGAAGAAGGAGUUAAAUUUCUGAAACAAGGAUGCCAUGUGGAAGCUCAGCAAUGUCUCAAUAAAGCAUUGCAAAUAGAUUGUGAUAAUUUGGACGCUCUUGUGGCGCGAGGUUGUCUCUAUGCCAAUACCAAUAAUCUUAUGAAAGCUGCUGAAGACUUCGACAAAGCUUUAUCCAUCAAUCCAGAACAUGCCAAUGCUAGAAAAUAUAUGUGUGAAACAUUAUUUGAAUUGGGGAAAAUCUGCGAAGAGAAAGGCGAUUUAGACAAUGCUGCAAAAAAUUAUCGAAGAGUUUGCCAAAUAGAUACAAAAAAUCACGAAGCUUUAGAGACUUUAAAAUCGGUUAUUGAGAAGAAAGGAAUGCAAAGAAGUCGUUCACCUCAUAAUGAUCUCAAAAGUAUGCUACAAGACAUCAAAGAUAAAUCAUAUUAUGAAUCAUCAUUUCAACUUAAAAGUUUACUGGAGGAAGAUAAAAAGAAAAAGAAGAAAUCAAAUCGUCGUAGAUCGAGUUCAUCUUCAUCAUCGUCAUCAUCAUCUGAUACAUCUUCAAGCUCAUCUUCGUCCUCGUCUUCAUCUUCAUCAGACUCGGAUAGCUCAACUAGUUUGAGUUCAAAACGUAAAUCUCGUAAAAGGAAAAAGUCUAGGAAAUCUAAGUCAAAGAAAUCAAAAAGAAAGAAGGACAAAAAACGAAAGAGUAAAUCAAUAAAACCACUUCCAGGGAUAAAAAUAUCCAAAUCCAAAGAGCCAGACAAGCCAGUAGUGAAUGCUGUGGCAUCGACUUCGCGAGCUUAUGCAAAGAAAAUUUCUCCAAAAAUCUCGUUCACGUUUAAAAAAAAUGAAUCGGAAAUCAAAACAUUGAAAUCGACUAAGCCUUUUGCAUUCUCGUCAAAAGCAAGCUCACCUAAGCGUAAUCCAGUCACUGAGAAGAUUGUUUACAACCUUGAUAAAUUAAAACCAGUCUCCAUUGAAUUUGUUCGUAAUGGACUAUUAAAUGAUAAGUCUAACGAAUCCAAAGCCAGAAAACCAUCUCCAAGAAGAGUCCAAAAUAUAAGUAGAUUGUACAUACCCGGUAGAUCUCGCUCUCGGUCUCGGUCUCCAAAUCGCAGACGGAGAUCUCGAUCAAGAUCUCGAGCAAUUUGCAGAGCAGUAUUGCGCAAAUCAAGUAGAUCACCAAAGGGACAAAAUAAAGUCAGAGAUGACCCAUUCCGUGAAAGACCUUCUAGGAGAUCUCCCUCGAAAGAAAGAUCAAGUUCUUCUCGUGGUAAAUCAAAACCUAGCCCUGCAGAGGCACUCAAAAAAGCUGCAGAAGAAGCCAAAAAAGUUGAAGCCGUCAUUACCAACCAAGACUCUGUCCAAAAGUAAAAUCCAGUAAUCAAUGAAGCUCCAAGUAAAGGCCAUUGAGAUGAACACCUGCAUAGAUUUAAAGUUCAAGUGGGAUCACUCAAACAAAUUAACAAGCUUUUGUGUUCAUAUCCAUUUAUCUAAAUUCACUAAGGUAUGACCUUACUCGCAACUGUAAAAUUUUUCAACAAUUUUCUCUAAGAAAAUAUAAUCAUAAUCAUCAAUUGAAUCAAAGACGGAUGGAAUUUCCCAUCGCUGGUCCAAGUACCGACGAGUCCUAAAUUAUAAUGGCUAAUGUAGAACCUAAAAUGCUCAUUAAAGUAAAUUUAAAUAUUUUGAUAUUCAGCUCAAGUUCAUCUGCAUCAAUCUUCACUUAAAGAUGCAUAGAUGAUAAAGUUGACUGAAAAUGCACUCACAAAGCACUUGCUUGUUAUGAUAAAAUGAAAAAAUUAUGUUAUCUAACAAUUUGUUGCUAAUAAUUGUCAAGUGAUUAGCAAGCAAUACAUACAAAGAUGAUUAUUUGCAUCCGUUCAUUUGACGAACCUGGCAAAACCCUAACCCUCAACAUAAACUUGAGAGGUUAGACUGUAAUUCAUAAAUAAUGGGCAAACAAAAGAACCACAGAAAAAUCUGA